AUGGUAUACUGUGGGAAGCCGUCGAGGGGCUGCCAGAUGUGCAGAACUCGGCGUAUCAAGUGUGACGAAACAAAGCCUACUUGCAAUCAAUGCGCCAAGAGUCGAAGAAUCUGUCCUGGAUAUAAAGAUGAGUUUGACUUGGUCUUUCGCAAUGAAACUCAAGCAACAGAGCGGAGAGCGAGAAGGGCCUCGAAGAAAGCUCUGGCGCAGAAGCAUGGGCGAGCAGCAGAUCGCGCCGUCUCACCAUCGUCCUCUUCCUCGUCAUCUGAAGGCCGUGGCUCCUUGUCACCGACAUCGACGGCAUCCCGACUACCUCGUGUUUCGGUGGCACCUCAACUGCCUCUAGAAGAUCAGGCUGCCUGCCAUUUUAUUUCCAACUAUGUCCUAGUUCCCCGUCAUGGCAGUCUUGUUGGCUUCAUGGAAUUCGUGGUCCCACUAUUAAAAGCCGACACCGUCCCUGCUCAUUACAAGUACGCAUUUGAGGCUUGUGCUUUGGCAUCUCUUAAUAAUGGCGUCGGCAAUCGGAAUCAUUUUGAGAAGCAGGCAUUGGGGAAGUACACCAAGGCACUUUCGACAACAUUUGCGGCCCUUCGCGACCCUGAAGUUGCUAAAGAGGAUGCCACUCUGGCUGCCGUACUGCUCUUGGGCUUGUUCGAAAACAUUACAGCCAAGACUAUGGGCAUGUUGGCUUGGGGCUCUCACAUCGAGGGCGCGAUACAGUUGGUUAAAGCUCGCGGACGAAAACAACUAGACACAAAAGUUGGGCUCAACAUGUUUAUUGCCGUUCGGACACAAAUGAUUAUUCAUAGUCUAAGCACAUCAAAAUCUCCGGGGAUGGAUGCGUCAUGGUGGAUUGAGGACGCAGUGAGAGACCGGCAUGCAUCCGAAUGUCAGCGGCUUUGUAUAAAGGUUGGUGAGCUAAGGUCGGAAGCCAACAGGCUCCUCACAACGGUACCCAGGACGCCUGAUAACAUGGAAAUUGUUAUCGACAUGAUUCGACGUUGUCAAGCACAGGACCAAGCUUGCGCGAGCUGGUGCAAAAAUCUCCCCGACUACUUCCAAUGCAAGACGGCUGCGUGGGAAGAUAAUGUGCCCAACGGUGACUACACUAAAGCUGAGGUGUACCCUGGGAGGGUAGAUGUUUACAACGACCUGUGGGUGUCUACCAUUUGGAACAUGCUGCGAUGUGGUCGAAUCAUACUCAACUCCAUUAUUGUGCGGUGUGCGGCUUGGGUUUGUGCCCCUGUUGAUUACCGGACAACUCCAGAAUAUGCCAAUGCCGCCAGAACGACUGUGGAUAUCGUCACAGACGUCAUUUCAUCGGUUCCUUACCAACUCGGCUGGUUCUGCAAACGCAAAGACCUCUUGGAACGAGCGAACCUCUCGACCUUUGCAUGUGGCGAGGACGACUCAUCAAAGGGCCUAUCGGGAUAUUUCAUGACAUGGCCCCUUGCUUUCAUUCACUCCUUGGAUUAUCUGACAGACUCCCAGAGAACAUGGGUUCGUGGACGGCUUCAAUACAUUGGCUCCCAGCUGGGUGUGCGGUACGCAUUACUACUGACUCAGUUGAACAUCCGGAUACCUUCUAUGCUAAUCUGUCGGGAUGGACUCAUUGCGAGACCUUUUCCAAUGAUGCACGACUUUGAGAGACAGCUUUCGUCCAAAGUACCCCGCCCGACGCCAAGUUUCUACGCAAGCCCUCUCGUGCCGCAGCAUGAAACGGCAGAGAGAGCAAAGUUGGACCAGGAAGCCGUUGAUGUGCUGAAUAAAGUGAUAGGGUCCUCCGGCAGUGUUGAUGAACGAAGAACCAAAACGUGGCUGGAAUUCCAGCACGUUACUACAACUGCAAUUUAG